AUGAUAUUUAUGGAGUUUUACCAUUUGUAGCACCUGAGGUUUUAAGAGGUCAACCUUAUUCUUUAGCUAAAUUAUUAGCUGGAAUUACUCCAUUUAAUAAUGAAGCUCAUGAUUUUAAAUUAGCUUUAAGUAUUUGUAAAGGUAAACGUCCUAAAAUUAUUGAUAAUAUUCCACAAUGUUAUAUAAGUUUAAUAAGAAAAUGUUGGGAUAAGGAUCCAUCAAAAAGACCAACUGCAUUAGAAAUUAAAAAACUUAUUGAAAAUUG